AUGGAUGUCCCUGAAGCACAACUAUCUGAAGGAUCCGAACUUAAAGGCCCAGGAUUUUGGCCUGUAUUAUACCUAGAAUACUACUGUCUGGAAUUCGUAGCAGCCUUGAAGUAUUAUAAUAUUAAGGGGGGUUCAGUGCGUGAAUCUCCGAGACUUGAGCAGCACCAUUUUAUCAAGUGUAAAGAUAUCCUUAGAUUACGCUUGUGUGAAAAUAACUUUUUAACUACAACUGUUGAUAUUCCCAGAGUACUACCAUAG